CCCAAUCCAAACGGGCUCUAUGUCUUGCCCUGUUUGAAAAACAAAACUCCAACUAAUGUCAAAAUUGUUCAUUUUCUCCUUUUGCUGCAUUCUUUGAUCUGCCCAUUAGAGAGACACUCACACAUACAAAAUGAGUGUAAUCGACAUUCUAACUCGUGUGGAUUCAAUUUGCAAGAAAUACGACAGGUACGAUAUUGAUAAGCACAACAAAGAUUCCAAUCUUCUUUCCGGUGACGAUGCUUUUGCUCGCCUUUACGCCACCAUCGAUGCCGACAUUGAAACUACUCUUCAGAAAGCAGAUACUGCUUUUAACGAGAAAAAUAGAGCAUCUGCUGUUGCGAUCAAUGCCGAGAUUCGAAGAACAAAGGCUAGAUUAAUUCAGGAAGUUCCUAAAUUGCAAAAAUUGGCUCUAAAAAAGCUUAAAGGGCUUUCAAGUGAAAAAUUUGCUGCACGUAAUGAUUUGGUACUUGCACUGCCCAAUAGGAUAAAUGCAAUUCCAGAUGGUGCAGCAGCUGCACCCAAACAAUCGGGAGGAUGGGGAGGUUCAGGUUCUCGUGCAGAAAUUAAAUUUGAUUCAGAUGGACGAUUCAACGAUGAGUACUUUCAACAAACUGAAGAAUCAAGUCAAUUCCGACAAGAAUAUGAAAUGCGCAAAAUAAGACAGGACCAAGGUUUGGAGGUCAUAUCAGAAGGUCUGGAUACUUUGAAAAACAUGGCCAGCGAUAUGAAUGAGGAGUUGGAUAAGCAAGUCCCGCUGAUGGAUGAGAUUGACACUAAGAUCGACCAGGCUGCAUCUGACCUUAAGAAUACGAAUGUUAGGCUUAAGGACACGGUUAACCAGCUGAGAUCUAGUCGAAACUUCUGCAUUGACAUCAUUUUGCUGUGCAUAAUUCUUGGAAUUGCAGCCUAUUUGUAUAAUGUAUUGAAGAAGUAAAUUCUUAUCGGCAUGCAUUCCGACUUUCCUAUUAGAAGGUACUUGGUUGGCUCUGGUUGUAUAUUUCGUUUGUGUGCUUGUGUAUACACCAACUGCUUCGUUCUUUUGGAGUUCUGUUGAUGAGGCAUCAGGCAUGUGUCUGGAUACUAUCUGUUGCUUUGUUGAGAAUGACCUUAUCUUUCUGUCUACUAAACUUUGUAUAGCCAUCCUACCCCCAAAAGGACAAGUUUUAUAUUUCACAAACAAAGAUGGUGAUUGUCCCUCUCUACUAUAAUGUACUUUUCAGAUUUAA